CCAAUGACGUGAGGAGAGAACUGGCAAAGCAGAUGAGAGCCACAAGGGAGGAGAGACGAGUCAAGCUUGAUGCCCGACACAAAUACCUGAUUGGUAUGCUAGAGGGCGCUGUGCCACUGAAUGAGACAGAGGUGGAGGAGGCCAUUGUUGGUGAUGACAAGUUUGGUUUCAUUGAAGACUUCUUUGCAGCAAAUGGAUCAAAGUCACUGAUUUUCUUCUAUCAGAGUGUGAAGCAGAACCAAACAUCCAGUUUUCUGUCUUUUGUGGACGCGUCAAAUUCAGCUGUGACUCAGCAGAAGCUCUUCAUCACUACAGGAAUCUCUGAGCCUUUACAUGGCAGAUGUCUGUUUUUCAUGAGAACCACUGAGAAAGCCAUCACUACCGCCAAUGUCCACCAGGAAGUAGACUUUGCCACCCUGGAUGGCAGCGACGGUGCUCUGCUGCAGAGCGUUGAAACUCUUCUGGGUGACGUCAUGUUACCAGCUGUCAGGGAUCAGCAGGGGGCACUGUGCAGCCUUGCGAUUGAGGCGCUGGUGUCAUCUGUGGACCAUUUCCUCUCUAACCUAAGCGCCACCAGACGGAUUCUCGAGAGUAGGAUCCAGCUUCAGCAGGUUGAAGUUCCUGAGGUCAUGGAGCAGCUGAGCAGCCCCUUGGACUACACUGCUGCAGCCAAUAACAGUGAACUGGUGGAACGUCUGGAGGGCGUGGCCUCUGUGUGGACCAAUCAAAUGACACAAGUGCUGACGGAGAGCGAGCAGAUGAGGAAGGAGGCAGACGAUGUUGGACCGUCAGCUGAGCUGGAACACUGGAAGAGGAGAAUGGUUAAAUUUGACAGUCUAGUGGAAGAGCUAAAGCUUCCUCAGGUGAAAAGGAUUCUGGGAGUCCUACAACUGGCUCGGUCACGGAUAAUACAAACCUGGAAGAAACUGGAUGGAGAAAUCACAAUGAAGAUGCACGAAGCCAAAGACAAUGUGAAAUUCCUGUACACACUUGACAGGUUCUUCAGAGUGAUGGAGAAAAGCUCACCGGCUGGUGUACUGCAGCAUGUCCCUCAGCUGAUGAGCAGCAUAAGGUUGAUCUACAGCGUAUCUCAGUACUACAACACCUCAGAGAGGAUGACAUCACUACUGUUGAAGGUUACUAAUCAGAUGAUUAGCACCUGCAAGAGUCACCUCACCCAGGGCGCGGCCCACAUCUGGGACCUGAGCAGGCCUCUUCUUCUCCAGCGUAUCUCAGACUGCUGUGGUCUGAACAAUCUGUACCAGAGAAGUUUCAGGUCUGUCAGAGACCAGCUGAGAGAAAAACCUCGCAGCAGACAGUUUGACUUCAGUGAAAACUGCAUCUUUGGAAAGUUUGAUGCGUUCUGCAGACGUCUGCAGAAGAUUGCUGACAUGGCGUCCACACUGGAGAACCUGUCAGCUUUGCAAAAUAUGAAGCUUGAUGGUGUUGACAAGAUUUACAUACGCUACCAGACACUAGUCUCCACAACCAAGUCCAAGACCUAUGAUGUCCUGGACCACCGCAGAUUAGAGUUUGACAGCGACUACAGUGCUUUUCAGCUGCACGUUCAGACGUUGUAUGACUCUCUCCAGUCUUUGAUGGACUCCUGUUUUCAUCAAAAUCUCUCUAUUAACCGGAUGCUGGAGCUGCUGCCGUUGUUUGAGUCUGGCCCAGCAGCAGGUCUGGACCUAAAACGCUGCCACCUGCUGCUGCUGCGGCGCUACAGUGGUGAGCUGGAGCUGCUGAAGAGGACUUUUCACAAACAAAAAGAGGCACCACCUAUCGGACGCUGCCAUCCACCGGUGGCAGGUCGCGUACUGUGGUCACGUCAGCUUUUCAGGAGGAUUGAAGCCCCCAUGUUAAGCCUGAAGAAGAAGAUCGACAUCCUUAAGGGUCCAGAGAUGUCAGCUGUGAUCUCUAACUACAACAAGAUGGCAAUGGCACUCAUACACUAUGAGGUUCUGCACGUGCAUGCAUGGCUUAAUGCUGCACGAGAAGUGCCACAGUAUCUGAACACCACCCUGUUGGUUAGACAUGAAAAUGGAAAGAUUAGUGUAAACCUGGACCCUGUGUUGCCUGAGGUGGUCGCAGAAGCACGCUGGAUGAUCAAACUGGAUGUGGCUCUGCCAAAAGUCAUUGCACAAAUGUUAGCUAGAGAAGAGGAUAUCAAGGCUCUGAACAGAAGACUGCUGCAGAUGCUUGGUGACUACAGUUCUCUCGUGGAGGCUGUUCCACCUCUUCUCCUCCCUGUGAUCCAGCCAUUCAUUAGCAGAGUGGAGGCAGAGCUCUCACCUGGCCUCACCACACUGUCCUGGAACGCUCUUCACACCGACCAGUUCAUACAGAGCGUCCUCUCUGCUCUAAAGGAGCUGCAGCAAAUUUCUAAAGUCUCCUCAGAUCUACUAGAGUGUCGUGUGGAGCGGCUGCUGCACUUGACAUCCUGCUGCCCCCUGCUGGUGCUGCCUGAGGACAUAUCUGUGUCACCUGAAGAGCUGCUGCUGCAGACCACGGCCUGUGUCCAGGAGGCUGCUGUCACUUUGAGCAGGCAGAGUCAGCAGGUAGAGAGGUAUGUCUAUGAACUGAUCGAUGAACUGAAGAAGAGGAUGAAGCCAUCAGAAACUGUUAAUCUGGAGGGCUCAUUCCAGUGCCUUCAUCCAGAUUCCAAACAGAAGACCCGCUGUCAGUCAUGUCUUCCUUGUCAUUUCUACAACCUGAUUGGUCAGCUGUGUCAUCGCAACACUGAAUCCCUGGUUAAAGCCACCAAAUCCUCUCUGGAGGCUCUGAGGCGGAGAUUUAAUGUUGGCAGUUACCAACAGCAGAGCGCCGCCCCUCACAGCAGCAAACAGACUCCACCUACUCCUCUGUUCCGAUCUUCCAUCCAGCUGGCCAUCCCCAACAUCAUCCUCAGACCCAGUGUGGACGACAUCCAGAGCUCUGUGAAUAAGCUUGUGUCCAUCAUCCUGUCUGGAACCAAGGACAUACCUCUCUGGACUUUCUCUCAUCUGCAGUUCAAACAACAGCAGCUGGAGCAGGCAGCUGUUAGAGACGCAGGAGAUGAAAAUCCAGUAAAACCGCUUCAGCUGAGGCCAAUGGACAGACAACUGGUUGAACACAAAGACAUCACCAAGUUGGUGAUGCAGCUCAGCUCCAAUGUGUCAUCUCUUAGAGUUCAGACUGCAGAGACUAUCAGUCAACUUCCUGAUUUCUCUGCUCUGUGGAACCAGGAGCCACAGCAGCAGGUGAAGGAGUUUCUUCAGACUGAACCUUCCGUUACCGAGUUCAGUUUUCAAAUCUACUUCUACUCUAAGCUGCAAAUGCAGAUUUCAGAGCUUCCAGCAAAUUAUUCAGUCGGUUCACUUCUCCUUGACACUGAUGAGCUGAAGAUGGCGCUCACUCAGGAGUGUAAUCUGUGGAAGCAAGCGUUUGGGGCUGCACUUCACCAUCGUGCUUCCACUGACUUGGGUGAAAUCUUAUCGUUUGUGGAAGGGCUGACAAAGCGCUUACAGCGUCCAAUCAAAGACCUGGAGGAUGUGAGAGCAGCAAUGGCAGCACUCAAAGAGGUUCGGGAGGCAGAGGUUAGUCUGGACGCCACUAUCGGACCAGUGGAAGAAUCCUUUGCUCUGCUCAACAAACACGAGCUGCUCUCUAACGAUGGUAGUGCGGAGCGGGUUGAUGGCCUGACAUAUGCUUGGAAAAACCUCAAUGCUCUAGUGAUGCAGAAUCAAAACACUCUGGUGGAGAUCCAGCCCAGCAUGAAGACAGACCUGCUAACUGCAGUCAAGAGCCUGCAGAGCCAUGUUCACAAUUUCUGCAACGAAUACAAUCUCAGAGGCCCUGGUGUUGAGGGCGUAGCUCCAGAGGAAGCCAGUGAGCGCCUGCAGAGUUUUCAGGCUGAGUUUGACCAGCUAUGGAGGAAGUUCAUCACCUGCUCAGGAGGGGAGGAGCUUUUUGGCCUUGCUGUUCAAGACUAUCCAGAGCUGCAGAGAAUCAGGAGGGAACUCUCUUUGCUGUCCAAACUCUACAGUUUGUACAAUGCUGUUAUUGAUAAUGUUGGUGGUUACAACGACAUCCUGUGGUCCGACCUCAAUAUUGACAAGGUCAAUGCCGAGCUCCAGGACUUCCAGAACAGGAUUCGGAAGCUUCCUAAGGCCUUGAAGGAGUGGCAGGCCUUCAGAGAUCUGAAGAAAACCAUUGAUGAUUUUGCAGAAACCUGCCCCCUACUGCACAUGAUGGCCAACAAGGCCAUGUUACCCAGACACUGGAGCCGUCUGAGCGAACUCACUGGUCACAGCCUGCAGGUGGAGUCAGAGAGCUUCUCUCUCAGGAACAUAAUGGAGGCUCCACUGCUUAAACACAAGGAGGACAUUGAGGAUGUUUGUAUCAGUGCGGUAAAGGAGCGAGACAUCGAGGCCAAACUAAAGGACGUCGUAGCUGAGUGGAGCAGCCAUGAACUCACAUUUGCCACCUUCAGGACCAGAGGAGAACUGCUUCUAAGAGGAGCUGAUACGGCUGAGAAGAUCUCCAUGAUGGAGGAUAGUCUGAUGGUGCUCACAUCACUGCUGAGCAACAGAUACAAUACUCCAUUCAAGCCCUCUAUUCAGCUGUGGGUCCAGAAAUUGUCCAACACAUCUGAAAUCAUUGAAAAGUGGUUGUCAGUUCAGAACCUGUGGAUCUACCUGGAGGCCGUGUUUGUGGGUGGAGACAUCGCCAAGCAGCUGCCACAGGAAGCCAAACGUUUCCAGAACAUUGACAAGUCGUGGCAGAGGAUCAUGCAGAGAGCUCACGAGGUUCCCAACAUGGUGCAGUGCUGUGUGGGAGAUGAGACGCUGAGUCAGGUGCUGCCGUGUCUGUUGGAGCAGCUGGAGCUCUGUCAGAAGUCUCUGUCUGGUUACCUGGAGAAGAAACGCCUGGUGUUCCCUCGCUUUUUCUUCGUGUCUGAUCCUGCCCUGCUGGAAAUCCUGGGUCAGGCGUCUGACUCUCACACCAUCCAAACUCAUCUACUCAGUCUCUUCGACAACGUGAACAGAGUUAUAUUUGAUGAGAAAAUCUAUGACCAGAUACUGAUGUUUCAGUCUCAGGAAGGAGAAAGUGUAAAUCUGAAACAGCCCAUCCUGGCCCAGGGAAACGUGGAGGUGUGGCUCGGUCAGCUGCUCACUGGUGUCAGGCAGACACUUCACACCAUCAUUCGUCAGGCUCAUGUGGCCAUCAGUGAGCCGGACAUGAAGCUGCUGGAGUUCCAGGCAGCGUUUCCCGCGCAAGUGGGGCUUUUGGGAAUCCAGAUGAUCUGGACUAGAGAUGCAGAGGAAGCACUUGUCCUCAGCAAGACUGACAAGAAGAUCAUGCAGGCAACCAAUCAGAAGUUCCUGGAUCUUCUCAACGAGCUAAUUGACAUGACAACCAGGGAGCUGACAAAAAUGGAGAGAACGAAGUACGAGACGCUUAUCACCAUCCAUGUACACCAGAGGGACAUCUUCGAGGAGCUGGUGCGUCUGAACAUUCGCUCUCCUUCAGACUUUGAGUGGCAGAAACAGUCAAGAUUUUACUUCCUGGAGGAGUCAGACCGUUGUGUCAUUCAAAUCACAGAUGUGGAGUUCAGCUACUGCAAUGAGUACCUGGGCUGCACAGACCGACUGGUCAUCACACCACUGACUGACAGGUGUUACAUCACUUUGUCCCAGGCACUGGGGAUGAGUAUGGGUGGAGCUCCAGCUGGUCCAGCAGGAACAGGUAAGACAGAGACCACCAAAGACAUGGGCCGCUGUCUGGGUAAAUAUGUGGUAGUUUUUAACUGUUCAGACCAGAUGGACUACAGAGGACUGGGACGAAUUUACAAAGGUCUGGCACAGUCUGGUGCCUGGGGCUGCUUUGAUGAGUUCAACCGCAUCGAGCUACCAGUGCUGUCGGUGGCAGCGCAGCAGAUCUACAUUGUCCUGCAGUGCAAAAAGAACCAGAAGAAGCAGUUUAUCUUUACAGAUGGAGACGUGGUGGACAUGGACCCUGAAUUUGGCAUUUUUCUCACGAUGAACCCUGGCUACGCUGGUCGACAGGAGCUGCCUGAGAACCUCAAGAUCCAGUUCCGCUCUGUGGCCAUGAUGGUUCCAGACCGUGCCAUAAUCAUCAGAGUCAAAUUGGCCAGUGCUGGUUUCCGGGACAACCGGGUUCUCAGCAGAAAGUUCUAUACACUCUACAAACUGUGUGAGGAGCAGCUCUCAAAACAGGUUCAUUAUGAUUUUGGUCUGAGGAACAUUUUGUCAGUCUUGAGGACUUUGGGGGCAGUGAAGAGAGCAAACCCAACAGAAUCAGAGAAGACAGUGGUGAUGAGAGUCCUCAGGGACAUGAACCUGUCCAAACUGGUGGAUGAAGAUGAGCCUUUGUUCAUGAGCCUGAUCAAUGAUCUGUUUCCUGGUAUUGUUCUGGACAAGGCUGGUUAUCCAGAUCUGGAGUCGUCUAUCGUGGCUCAGGCCCAGCAGGCUAAUUUGAUUCCUCAUCCUCACUGGAUCCUCAAACUGGUUCAGCUCUACGAGACGCAGAGGGUUCGACAUGGAAUGAUGAUGUUAGGUCCCAGUGGCUCAGGAAAAACCACUUGCAUCCACACACUAAUGAAGGCCAUGACAGAGUGUGGCGCCCCCCAUAGGGAGAUGCGGAUGAACCCCAAAGCCAUCACCGCCUCACAGAUGUUCGGCAUGCUGGACGUCACCACCAACGACUGGACCGAUGGAGUUUUCUCUACGCUCUGGAGAAAAACCCUUAAAGCUAAAAAGGGGGAGAAUGUCUGGAUUGUUCUAGAUGGUCCUGUGGAUGCUAUCUGGAUUGAGAAUCUAAACUCGGUUCUGGAUGACAACAGAACUUUGACUCUGGCAAACGGAGACAGAAUUCCCAUGGCUCCCUGCUGUAAGAUCGUGUUUGAGGCUCACAACAUCGACAACGCAUCGCCCGCCACCGUCUCCAGAAACGGCAUGGUGUUCAUGAGCUCUUCAGUGCUUGGCUGGAUUCCAAUUCUCCAGGCCUGGCUGCAGAAGCUUCCAGAACAACAGGCGGAGGUCCUCAAGAGCUGCUUCGAUUGCUGCUACCAGGGGCUGCUAGAAUUUGUCUUCACUGCAGUCUGUCCAAAGAUGCAGGUGCUGGAGUGCAUGUACAUCAGACAGACUAUCGACCUGCUGCAGGGUUUGCUUCCUGCGGCAGAAGAGAAACACCUUGGUCGACUGUUUGUGUUUGCCAUCAUGUGGUCCCUCGGUGCUCUGCUGGAACUGGAUGACCGUGCCAAGAUGGAGGCUUUACUAAAGACUUUUAGCUCCACUCUGGACCUACCACUGACUCAAGACGACCAAAAUAUUUUUGAGUUCAUGGUCAAUGAGCAAGGACAGUGGGAGCACUGGUCCAACAAGGUUCCAGAAUACAUAUACCCAAAAGACCAGGUCCCUGACUACUCCUCCAUUCUGGUUCCUAAUGUGGACAAUGUACGGACAGACUUUCUAAUGCAGACCAUCAUGAAGCAGGGAAAAGCUGUGCUUGUGAUCGGAGAGCAGGGAACUGCCAAGACCGUCAUGAUCAAAGGUUACACCGGUAAACUUGACCCAGAGAUCCACCUCAGUAAGACCUUGAACUUCUCAUCUGCCACCCUGCCUGGGAUGUUCCAGAAAACCAUAGAGAGCUACAUUGAUAAGCGCAUGGGCGCCACCUAUGGGCCUCCAGCUGGACGCAAGAUGACUGUCUUUAUAGAUGACAUAAACAUGCCUGUGGUUAAUGAAUGGGGUGACCAGAUAACUAAUGAGAUUGUUCGUCAGCUGAUGGAGCAACAUGGUUUCUACAGUCUGGAGCGUCCAGGAGAAUUUAUUAAUGUCGUAGACGUUCAGUUGGUGGCAGCCAUGAACCACCCUGGUGGUGGUCGUAACGACAUUCCUCAGCGACUGAAGAGACAGUUCUCUGUCUUUAACUGCCCUCUUCCCUCCAACUCCUCCAUUGACAAAAUCUUUGGCACCGUGGCUCGAGGAUACUUCUGUCCAGAGAGAGGCUUUACCACAGAAGUGUGCGACCUCGCUGCUGAUCUUGUACCUACGACUCGGCGGGUGUGGCAGGCUGUCAAGACCAAGAUGUUACCAUCUCCUGCAAAAUUUCACUACAUUUUUAACCUCAGGGACUUGAGCAGAAUCUGGCAGGGAAUCCUGGCAGUGAAGUCAGAGGUGUGUGAAAGCCCUGCCCUUCUCGCUGCUCUCUUCCAUCAUGAAUGUAGCAGAGUGAUCGCAGACCGCUUCAUUGACAGCAGUGACAGACACACCUUCAGCAGCAUCCUGGACAAGAUCACAGUGGAGGAUCAUGGGAAAGCUCUGAUUGAGCAUGCUCAGUGGAACAGCAGUUUUGUGGACUUUCUGCGAGAUGCUCCUGAGGCCACGGGCGAUGAACCUGAAGAUGUGGAACUGGAAGCACCUAAGGUGUAUGAGCCGAUCCUGUCCCUGGAUGCACUGGCUGAGCGGCUUUGCUUUUUUCAGCAGCAGUACAAUGAAGCAGCGAGAGGAGGAGCCAUGGACCUUGUGUUCUUCAAGGAUGCAAUGACACAUCUCAUGCGGAUCUCUCGAAUCUUACGGACGCCGCAAGGCAACGCCCUGCUGGUCGGAGUUGGUGGGUCAGGAAAACAGAGCUUGACGAGACUGGCGUCUUUCAUUGCAGGAUACCAGACAUUUCAGAUCACACUUACAAGGUCGUACAGCUGCAGUAACCUGCUGGAGGACCUGAAGACUCUGUAUCGUAUCGCUGGUCAGCAGGGAAAAGGCGUCACUUUCCUCUUCACUGACAAUGACAUCAAAGACGAGGCUUUCCUGGAGUAUAUGAACAAUGUCCUGGCCAGCGGUGAAGUUUCUAAUUUAUUUGCACGUGAUGAACUUGACGACAUAACUCAGGACCUAAUUCCUGUCAUGAAGCGGCAACAUCCUCGCCAUCCUCCAACACCAGAAAACCUCUACGACUUCUUCCUGUCCAGAGUGCGCAGCAAUCUCCAUGUCGUCCUCUGCUUUUCACCUGUCGGGGAGAAAUUUCGCAAUCGUGCUUUGAAGUUUCCAGGUCUAAUAUCAGGCUGCACAGUGGACUGGUUCCAGCGCUGGCCUCGAGAUGCCCUGGUUGCAGUGUCACACCACUUCCUGUCUCAGUAUCAAGAACUCCGCUGUGAAGACGAUGUGAAACAGAGCGUGGUGGUUACCAUGGGAAUUUUCCAGGACUUGGUGGCAGAAAAAUGUGGUGAAUACUUUGAGCGUUUCAGGCGCCAAACAUUUGUGACGCCAAAAUCCUACCUGUCAUUCAUCGACAGCUACAAAGUAAUCUACUCUGAAAAGAUUGCUUAUGUUGGAACACUAGCUGAACGCAUGAAGACAGGUCUGUGUAAGUUGAUGGAAGCAGAGCAGUCUGUGUCUCAGCUGUCUGAGCAGCUGGUGGUGAAGGAGCAAGAACUCGCCGUUGCCUCCACCAGGGCAGAUGAAGUCUUGCAGGAGGUCACAGCAAAAGCUCAUGCUGCUGAAAAGGUAAAGCAGCAGGUUCAGAAGGUGAAAGACAAAGCUCAGCUCAUCGUUGACGAGAUUGAAGCCGAUAAAUCGGCAGCAGAGUCCAAACUAGAGGCUGCAAAACCUGCACUGGAGGCUGCAGAAGCAGCUCUGCAGACCAUCAAACCCGCGGACAUUGCCACCGUAAGGAAGCUGCAGAAACCUCCUCAUCUCAUCAUGAGAAUCAUGGACGUGGUGGUGCUGCUUUUCCAGAGAAGGAUUGAUGCAGUUACUGCUGACCCUGAACAAUCCUGUCCUCGACCUUCAUGGUCUGAGGCUAUGAAGCUGAUGCAGAACCCGGCUUUCCUCAGCAUGCUGCUGAACUUUAACAAGGACUCCAUCACAGAGGAAGUGGUGGAACACAUCAUGCCAUAUCUGAACAUGGACGACUACAACAUGGAAUCAGCUAAGAGGGUGUGUGGUAACGUGGCUGGACUCUGCUCCUGGACCCAGGCCAUGGCUGAUUUCUUUGUCAUCAACAAAGAAGUUCUGCCACUGAAGGCUAACCUAGCGCUGCAGGAAGCUCGGCUGAUGGAUGCUCAGGCUGAACUGGCUAAAGCUCAGGAUCAACUGGAUGCCAAGCAGCAGGAGCUGGAUGCUGUUCAGGCGCUGUACGACGCAGCCAUGAAGGAGAAGCAGGACCUUGAGGAUGAUGCUCAGGCUUGUCGUCACAAAAUGGCCAAUGCCACAGCUCUGAUUGAUGGCCUGGGUGGAGAAAAGGUCCGUUGGACAGACAGCAGCGCUGGGUUCCAGAUGCAGAUCAAACAUCUGGUUGGUGACGUUCUCCUGUCCACAGGCUUCUUAUCCUACGCCGGGCCUUUCAACCAGGAAUAUCGGGGCCUGCUGCUGUCCCUGUGGAAGAAGGAGAUGGAGGAGAAGCUCAUCCCAUUCACUUCUGACUUGAAUGUGAUUGGUCUACUGGUGGACAAUGCCACUGUGAGUGAAUGGAACCUCCAGGGUUUACCCAACGAUGAUCUCUCCAUUCAGAAUGGCAUUGUGGUUACCAAGGCUACACGGUACCCGCUGCUUAUCGACCCACAGGGUCAGGGCAAGACCUGGAUCCAGAACAAAGAGAGAGAACACCGACUGCAGGUGACGUCUUUGAACCAUAAGUAUUUCCGCUCUCACCUGGAGGACAGCUUGUCUCUAGGCUGCCCCCUGCUGCUUGAGGACGUUGGCGAGGAACUGGAUCCAGUUCUGGACAACAUUCUGGACAAGAACUACAUCAAAUCUGGAUCCACCUACAAAGUGAAGGUUGGAGAUAAGGAGGUGGAUGUGAUGAAGGGUUUCAUGCUCUACAUUACCACCAAGUUGGCCAAUCCUGCUUACAGUCCUGAGGUCAGCGCCAGGACAUCAGUGGUGGACUUUACUGUCACUCAGAGAGGCCUAGAGGAUCAGCUGCUGGGACGAGUCAUCCUGCUGGAGAAACAGGAGCUGGAGGCAGAACGUGUGAACCUCCUGGAGGAGGUAACGUUCAACAAGAGGAAGAUGCAGGAGUUGGAGGACAGUCUGUUGUUCAGAUUGACCAGCACUGAGGGCUCUUUGGUGGAGGAUGAGUCUCUGAUUGAGGUGCUGAGGGUCACCAAGGCUACUGCUCAGGAGGUGAGUGAAAAACUCGUGGUGGCAGCAGAGACAGAGCUUAAGAUCAACCAUGCCAGAGAAGAGUACCGGCCUGUGGCCACCAGGGGCAGCAUCCUGUACUUCCUGAUUGUGGAGAUGUCGUUGGUGAAUGUUAUGUAUCAGACAUCGCUGCGUCAGUUCCUUGGUCUCUUUGACCUGUCCAUGCAGAACUCAACCAAGUCCCAUGUUACGGCAAAACGCAUCGCCAACAUCAUCAGCUUCCUGACCUACCAGGUUUAUUGUUACACAGCUCGGGGUCUGUAUGAAGAACAUAAGCUGCUCUUCACGCUGCUCCUGGGUCUGAAGAUUGACCUGCAGGACAGAAAGAUCUCACACCGUGAGGUGUUAACCUUCAUCAAAGGCGGUGCCUCCCUGGAUCUCAACUCUGUGGAAUCUAAACCACUUCGUUGGAUUCUGGAUCAGACCUGGCUCAACCUGGUGCAGCUCUCAGCUCUGCCUCAGUUCACACCAAUCCUUGCUAAGGUCAAGCAAAAUGAAAAAGCCUGGAAGUCCUGGUUUGAUAGUCCGGCACCAGAAGAUGCAGCGCUGCCUGAUGAGUAUGAGGAAAAACUGGAUACCUUCAGGAAGCUUCUGCUAAUUAGGAGCUGGUGUCCUGACAGAACCAUCGCUCAGGCACGACGCUACAUUGCAGAAUCUCUGGGUCAACAGUAUGCCGAAGGUUUGGUUCUGGACUUGGAUGCCAUGUGGGCUGAAAGUGACAACCGGACACCAAUGGUGUGUCUGCUUUCCAUGGGCUCUGAUCCGACAGAGAACAUUGAGAGACUGGCCAAGAACAAAGGGGCGCCAUGUAGUCCCAUCUCUAUGGGCCAAGGCCAGGAGAUUCAUGCUCGCAAGCUUUUGGCCAACAGAAUGACAGACGGCGGCUGGCUCCUCCUCCAGAAUUGUCACCUAGGACUGAACUUUCUGGAUGAGCUGCUGGACACGGUCAUCACAGCACCACCGGAAAAGAUGCACAAAGAUUUUAGGGUGUGGCUGACGACUGAUGUUCACCCCAGAUUCCCCAUCACGUUCCUUCAGUCCUCCAUCAAGUUCACCAAUGAGCCUCCACUUGGAAUGAAGGCAGGUCUGAAGAGAACCUUCAACAGCGUGACUCAGGAACAGUUGGAGAUCAGCAGUCGUCCUCAGUGGAAGCCUCUGCUGUUCGCUGUGGCUUUUCUUCACUCCACUGUCCAGGAACGCCGUAAAUUCGGACCACUGGGAUGGAACAUUCCUUAUGAGUUCAAUCAGGCCGACUUCACAUCCAGCAUGCAGUUUGUCCAGAACCACUUGGACGAUCUGGACAUUAAGAGAGGAGUGAACUGGAGCUGCCUCCGCUACAUGCUAGGCGAGGUUCUCUACGGUGGCCGGGUGACAGACGACCUUGACAAACGUCUCCUCAACACUUUCACCCAUGUCUGGUUUAGUGAGAACACCUUCAGCGACUCCUUCUGUUUCUAUCAAGGCUACAGCGCCCCCUCCAGGGCAAAAACUGUGCAGGAUAUCCUGCAGCACAUCGAGGGCCUGCCGCUGGUCGACUCACCUGAAGUUUUUGGUCUCCACCCAAACGCUGACAUUACCUACCAGACCAAUCUGGCCAAUGAGACACUUAGCACCAUUAUAAACAUCCAACCAAAAGACAGCGGCGCUGGAGCUGGGGAGACCAGGGAGGCCAGUGUACAGAGGUUAGCCAAUGAGAUGCUGGAGAAGUUACCACCUGACUACAUCCCACAUGAGGUCAAAGCUCAAUUGCAGAAGAUGGGUCCACUUCAGCCAAUGAACAUCUUCCUCCGACAGGAAGUGGACAGAAUGCAAAGAGUCAUCUGCAGUGUACGCACCACUCUCACCGACCUCAACCUGGCUAUUGAUGGAACAAUCAUCAUGUCUCAGGACCUUCGUGAUGCUCUGGAUUGCAUGUUCGAUGCUCGCGUCCCUCGCCUGUGGCUGCGCCUGAGCUGGCCCUCAGCCACGCUGGGUUUCUGGUUCAGUGAACUGUUGGAGAGGAAUCAGCAGCUCUGUAGUUGGAUCAGCAAUGGCCGACCCAAUCAGUUUUGGAUCACCGGCUUUUUCAACCCGCAGGGUUUUCUCACAGCGAUGCGUCAGGAAACAGCUCGCUCCAAGGGCUGGGCCUUAGACACUGUCACACUAAGCAACAAUGUCACUAAGAUGAUCAAGGAGGACGUGUCAGCCCCGCCUCCUGAGGACUUGGGCGGAGUCUACAUUUACGGACUAUUCCUGGAUGGUGCAGGAUGGGACAAACGAGGAGCUAAACUGACAGAGGCUCCACCCAAGGUGCUCUUCACGCUCCUCCCUGUGGUUCACGUCUAUGCUGUCAGUGACACAUCUUCAGCCGCAGCAGCAGUGGUCAACACCAGGCGAGCACCCACUGGUGGUGGCGCCGCAGGAGCAGCAGCGCUGACUCUGUACUCAUGUCCGGUCUAUAAGAAACCUCGUCGUACGGACCUGAACUACGUCUUCUCCCUGCAGCUGAGAAGCGAGCAGCCACCUGAGCACUGGACCCUGAGAGGAGCCGCACUUCUUUGCGACUGCAAGUGACACCAUCCGCCACGUGACUGAAAGAUCUCCCUGCGUGGCCUCCACCUUCUUCACCCUCAGGUUCUGGUUCUCCACACGCACCCUGACAUCCUUGAUGUGACGACUGACCUUGCGUGUCUUCUCCAG